UUUGGCGGUCUUCUCGCGAGUUGUCACAUUUCUCUCUGUGUUACGUGCUCACAUCAAUAAUUAGAGACAUAAAUCCAUCAAUUACUCAUCAGUUAUCAACCAAUCAAUUGAAAAUCCGUUAAAACAUUCUGAGAACUGCAUAAAAUCGUCAUUAAACACUCGGAAAUCGAUGCGUGUGUGAAUCUAUGUGGACCUUUGUGUUAAUUAUUUUGAGAUCAAGAAAGUGUGAUUUCCAAAAAUUAUUAUAAAAAAAAAUUCUGAAAAAGUACAGCCAAACCUGACACCACAGACUCGCAUUUCGCGCUUGCGCACGGUAUUUACACAUGGUCGCCUUGACUUCGCGGUGUUUUCACGUCUCGGUGACAUUGUCACAUGUCAUCUCGUGUUUUUCGUGCUCCCGUGACAAAAUUCACAACAAUAAAUUGUCAAUUGCGAUAAAACAUAUCCCUCGAGUACCCUAGGAUAUCAAAUUCAAUCGGGUUCAUGCGAAAGUGAAAAAUGGUCGGCGGUAUAUCGCAAAAUGGACAGAAGGCGAUUAUUUUGGCCGGCUGUGCUUGUGUUGGAGCUUACGUUGCUUAUCAUUAUUGGAAAAAAAGGGAGCUGAAGGCGAUUGAUGAGGGCUUCGAGGACCUGGCGAAGAUCGAUGACACUCAUGAACGACGAGUCCUCCUCCUGGGGCUCGAUGGUGCAGGCAAGACUUCUGUCAUGAACCAGGCAAUUGCUGCUGACAGCCCUGGCAAUUUCUAUCAAAUGCCACCUAGACCCACUGAUGGGUUCGCUGUUUACAAACUGAGGAAGGGGGAUUACAUCUUCAAUAUUUGGGAAAUUGGUGGAGGUGCUGAUACUAGAAAAUACUGGAGUAAUUUCCUCCAAGACACAGACCUACUUGUGUUCCUAGUUGAUGCUGCUGACUCUGUUAAAUUGUCGUUGGCAGUGCAAAUGCUCAAGCAACUGCUUGGAGACCAGAGAAUGGACAAUGUCCCUAUUUUAGUCGUGGCAAACAAACAGGAUGAUCCUCACGCCAUGAAGCCAAAUCAGAUAAAAGAGGCCCUAGACCUCUACAGCAUUUCGCCCCAUCAGCACCGAGUAGAAGUGAUUGGAUGUCAGACAGGACCCCUUCCAGCCCUGGAGCCAGGCCUCACAGAGUAUGACUGGUUUCACCCCUCGAUCGAAACGGUCAGAAAGAAAAUAUUCACGUUAUCAACAAUAUCUUGAAUUUUAAGCCAAUGAAAUAAUCUUCACCGCAUUCCACUCUCCUCGAGGAACCGAAAAUUUAGUGUUUUAUAUGAUCUGUUGUCUCCCAGAACUGAAGUUUGAAUGUGAUUCAAGCUCAUGUCAAAAAAUCGAGGUGAAGCGAUGAAAAAAUUGAGACAAUUGAGGAGAUUAAUCAACUUCGCGUUAAAUUAACGAGAUAAUUCUGACAGGUUUAUGCAGAACUGAAAAAAAUAAUGAGGGAACUUUAGUCAAGCUCUUCUGCAUUAAUUAAUUCAUACGGCAUUCAUUUUAAUGGUGGAGUGAAGAUGAGGACUAAACUGAAUCUCAAUUAAAAAUCACUAAAAUUACGAUUACCUUUAAUACGAAAAGAUGAACAAAUUGAAGAGAAUUAAAAAGAUCAAUUAAUGAGAUUAUUUAAACAGCUUCAUGCAGAACUAAAGAAAUUAAUUCAUCAAGUUUUAAAUUCAAGUUUAAUCGUAAAGUAACAGCAGUCAAACUUCUUCAGCAUCAAUCAAUUCAUAAAGGAUUAAUUAAUCAUGAACUGCAAUCAACUGCAUUCGUAAAACAUAAAAAUAUUUCAGUUUUUUAAAGAAUUGUGGGAACUGGCAUUCCUUCAGCUCACGUACGGAAAAAAGCACUGAAGGGUUCAAAAAAUGAUAAAAAUAAGAAAAAACUUUCUACUUUUAUUCAAAAGAAUUACAUAAAGGGAUAUUUUUCCAGCUCAUGCUUGAAAAAACAUUUGUACUAAAGAACAAUCAAUCAACUUCGUAUUAAAUUAAGGAAAUUAUUCGAAUAACUUUAUACAAAACAAGAGAUGUUAAAUCAUGAAUUAAAGGAUUUCAUAACUUA